AUUUUAAUUCUGGAAGUAGUUAAAACUCGUAUCUAAAACCAAAACAAGAAUUGAUUUUUCACAUUCAACAGAAUGGCGUCACAAUAUGAACGUUGUGGCGACAUUGUGUGGCUGUGCAAGCGUGAGGCACGCAUCUUUGCCUUCAAAUGCAUCCACUGCGAGCACCAGACAACGGUCUUUCGCAGCUUCAAGGAGCAUUUGGUUGCCGCACAUGCGGAAAACAUGCGAAAGCCUGAUGCGAAAGUAGAGUCAGUCGAGACGAAAACUAUAUGCAAUACAAUUGAGACGGUAUCGGAAGGCCAACCACAAGAGAUUCACAAGCAGCAGGCGACCGUAGAAGUGGAAGUGCAGCGAAAAGCUAGCCAGAGCUUGCCAGCUGCAAUCGGGUCGGAGCUGGACCUGGAUGCUGCAUGGCAAGCCCAAUUCGAUACGUCCAGCAGCAGCAGCAGCAGUGACAGCGACAGCGACAGCGAUUUGCUGGACACAGCGCCGGGCGAUAUGCCUGAAUUUUGGCUGCAGGAGCAGCCCAUCAUGUUGUCGCUCAUCGAGCAGCUGGAGAGCGCCCGACCGCUGUGGGACAACAGCAUGCUGGAGUACCGCAACUACAAGCGACGCGGCGAGGUGUGCGAGCAAAUUGCACGCCAGCUAAGCGAACAAUACCAGCUGCAGCUCAAGUGCCAGGAGAUUGCGGACUAUGCCAAAAAGCUGCGCGCUGCCUAUGCACAGGAGCAGCGCCGCCUCCAGCAGCAGCUGGGCGAUGCUGACGCUGACGCUGACGCUGACAAUGUGGCUGUGGCUGUGGCUGCGACACCAGCAGCUUGGUAUUACGAACGCUUGAGUUUUCUGGCCAACAGCGUGAGGCAAAGGCGCAGCGGCAACAGCGCUCGGUCGGGGGCCGGUGCAUUGCCAGUGCCGCAGCUGACGCAUGAGCAGAACAUCAAGUUUAUAGAGCUGUAUCGGCGCUGUCAGCGCAUCUGGGAUAUGCAGGAUCUGAGCUGCCGGCUGCGGCAAGCGCGUCUGGCGGCCAAACAGCAGCUGCUGCAGUUGUGCCGCAGCGAGCUGCCGCAGGCACAGAAACUGGAACCGGCACAGCUGCAGCGCUACAUCAAGCACUUGCGCAAAACCUAUGCGCAGGAGAAGCUGCGUCGCCUGGCAUGUGAACGCGAUGGAGCUGCAUAUGCGCCAGGCAUUCAAUGCUAUCAGCAGCUGCAGUUUCUCGACGCGCACAUGGCGCCGUUUCGCUGCACAGAGUGCGACCAAAUACUGCACAGCGUCGAUGGCUUUAAGAUGCAUUGCGCCCAGCAUAAGGGCCGUUUGCCAUUCAUCUGUCCGGUGUGCCAGCGCGGCUUUGCGCGCAGCGACAACUGCACCAUACACCUGAGACGGCACACACAGGACUAUCAAUUGGAGUGCGCCGAGUGCGGCAAGCGUUUCGCCAAUACCACGGAUCUGCAUGUCCAUCGGCGGCAGCAUACGGGCGAGAAGCCCUAUUGCUGUGAUGUCUGUGGCCAGCGCUUUGCCACCUGCUCGUUCUUUGUGCGGCAUCGGCGCAGGCACCAGCAGCGACCCAAGGGCAAGUGCCAUCUGUGCGGCAAGACCUUCUACGAGGUGUCCGUGCUGAACGAUCACAUCAAGGGCCAUCUCAAUGUGCGCGACAAACAGUGCGAUGUGUGCCGCAAGUGCUUCACUAGCGCCAAAUAUCUGCGACAGCACAAGGAGAUCCAUGCGCCCAACAAGCGCUACAUCUGUAAAAUCUGCAGCAAGGCCUUUGCCCAAUAUGCCGGCCUCAGCGGGCACAUGAAGUCGCAUGGAACGAUUGUGCGCGGCAUACGCAAGGAGCGGGCCAGCCCCAGCCCCAGCCCAGCCGGCAACAAUCCCGACACAUUUCCGGACGACCUGUCGCGAUGUCUGUCGGAAAGUCUGUAAGCCAAGCUGGGAUUCGUAUUAGUGCUAUGAGUAUUAUUAUAGAUACAUUCAUUUAAAUUAUUAUAUUAUUAAGUGAUGUGAAGUUCCAGUCAUUAAAUCAUAGCUCAAAUGUAACGUAA